GAAAGGUUACCACACGACACCACACUAAAACUUAUUUCUCCAUAAAUUUCUUCAUUCGUUUAUGGAAAAUUUCGCGUCCCUUGCAGUCUGAUAGUAUGCAUGGCACAUAUUCCAGCCAAAUGAUAUGAACUCUACUUUGGAGGAACAUCAGGGAACUUACAUCAGAAGAAGCUAAGGCACAAUGUGGAUCAAACCAUACCUGUAUAUUUACUGGUAUAUAGCUCUUCCUGGUCUUGUUCUUGCGCUGACACGAACAUCAAGUUUCAAAAGCGGAUAUUUUGGUCUGGCCUAUCGAGACCAAAGAUUGGAUGGUUACGAGAUCGAAGAGCUUAACGUAUCAGACCCUUUUGAAUGCAGCAAAGCUUGCAUUGCCAAUGUUAACUGUCAAUCAUAUAACUAUGGCGAUACCGCUGACAACGAUGGGUUACACACAUGUCAAUUAAGCGACCAUUACGYGGGCUCAAGUUCCACUAUGGACCUCGUUGAAACGCCAGGAUUUUCAUACUAUGAGGAACCACAAAUGAAUUCGAGAUGUCUGCCAGGACUGUGCCAGAACGGGGGAACUUGUGUUGAAAUACACGGAUCAUUCGCGAAUUGUAAAUGUGCCGCAUUUUAUACUGGGAUCUACUGCGACGACUCAAAAGCUAAAGAUUGUCAAGAUAUUUUCACGAGAGGAGGUAGAAUUGAUGGAAUCUAUCCCAUCAACCCUGACAGCAACGGUAUGAUACAUGUGUACUGUGAUCAGACAUCGACCGUUGGGGUAGGAUGGAUCAUAAUACAAAGAAGAUCAUCACCCUUCAAUACGAGUUUCUAUAGAGACUGGAACUCKUACAAAACUGGAUUUGGAAAUCUAAGCAGCGAAUUCUGGCUCGGUAACGAAGCUAUCCAUCGAAUAACCAAAACUCCUAGAACACUCGUAAUUAAACUUGAAGCUAGUGAUCCGACGUCAGUCUAUGGUGAGUCCUCGUAUUUGAACUUCCAAGUUUCUUCCGAGCACAAAAACUAUCUUAUGGAUUACAACAAUUCAAAUUAUGAUACCAACAAUUUUGGAGAUGCUUUGCAGGGGCAAAAAGGAACGAUGUUUUCUACAUAUGAUAGAAAUAAUCUCGUAAAUGUUAGAAGCKACCUGAAUUGCGCRGAGAAWAAGAAAUCCGCCUGGUGGUAUAGCAACAUUUGUGGAGCUUCCGAUUUGAAUCAGAAGUCUUAUCCUUUGUGGGACACGUGGUCGUGGUAUACGAAGGUCACAAAAUCAACAAUGAAAGUAAAAUAGACAGUCUUGGCAGCCUGUUUAGACUGUUUGGGUUUCCUGUGGCGACUUAGCAUUGAAACUUCUUUCAGCGUGUUUUCUUAGAGAAUAGAGUGAAAAUCGUAGACUAAGUAUCAAGAUUACUGACGGUACACUACGGUACAAACGUUACAGUCUUGAGAACCAAACAUUAGUGACACAUAGAGUGAAGUGUGCAGAGGGAGUCCCAGGGGUUCCGGAAACCCCCAUCACUGGCAGACAAAGAAUUUGAAAACUGAGACUUUGUUGCAAAUAAAGUGUAUGUAUUCCUCGCACAAUACAAAUGUAUUGCUAUGUAUAAUAACUAGUCUCKUUCUCAUAGACUCUCCUAAUCGACUCUCCUCUCUUUCAAGGAAGGAUCUAGCUGAAAUUUUAAGGGGGGGCUAAAUGGUUUUAGGGGGGCUUAAAGCACUUUUAUUUGUUAAAAAAGGAGAGGAGGCGAAGUAGAAGUGAAUAUUUCUUGAAAAAUAAAAUAGCUAGACCAUUAGUGCCCGAAUCAUCAAGUUCAACGUGAAAUACGGGAGUAGAGCAUCCCAGAAAGCACGACAAARUAUAUAGAGGCGGCGAAGACGAGGCGCCUAGAAAAGAAAGGUUGCGUGACAAAAGGUCAGACUUGGUCACAAGAGCACGGCGGCGUUAAUAUUUCACCUAAAUAUUGUAAAAAUCAAAUCAAAACAGACGCCCAGUAGUUUACAUCGGUUGUUGAAUAGAAAGAAAGUUAUUUAGAGUGUUAAAAUAAGAAUGAAAAACUUUAAGCUUAAAUUGCUAUUGAAUCAUACAUUGUGAAUUGCUAGUACUAGUUUAUUCAUAGAAGCAAAAUUAAACAAAGCAGGACCAUAAGACUAGUCAAAAUUGAAAGCUAAUAGUAUCUAAGUUUGAACUAAUGUUAUCUUUACAUCAAUAAAAAUAUUGAAAGCAAA